ACAGCAAAGUGAAAAUCGAAACACAUAAAUAUUUUUGUUGUUUUGCUGUUGUCCUUACGUUUACCAGUAUAAAUGGUUGCCAGGCAGCGCACAUACCAGACUUGUGAUAUUAAAUCAAUUAUGCAGUCUUAGAAAAACUAGUGAUUUAGAAAUGGUAGGAAAAAGCAAAAAGAAGCGCAAUAGCAAGGAUUCUACAUCCAGUAAUGCUGGAAGUGGUGAAGGCGAGGAAAAAAAGAAGAAAGAAGGCGGUAAAAAGAAAGGAGGCGUGGGAAAGUCCAUUGGCUGUGAUAUUUUCAACGACGCUGCCAUGGAAAAUGCCUAUUAUGUGUGCCACAAUGUGCAGGAUGUUCUAAAAUCAAGAGGGUUUGCCUGGCCAGAUGGCCAAAAAAAGAAAAAGAAGGGAAAGCGUUAAGAGUGAAAUUUACGUUAAUAAGUAAAUAAUAAA